UUGCUUAUUACAAACGACAGGUCCUCCAAAUUUGAAGUACCCCCUUCUUCUCCCUUCACCAAAUCAGCUUCUCUGUGACUGUCCACACAUCAGUACUCCGCGCAUAGUGAAAGAACGACUUAUCGUUCAUAUUUGGAACAAAGCCGCCGCUUUCUUCAUCUGGGGCUAAUGGAAGAUGACGUUUCAAACCCGUUUCGUAGAAUGUCAAUGCGAACUCGAAAGAUUGCUCCAAAAAUGGCAGCUGCGCUUGCCAGCAAUGAUAACAGAACUCAGGCAGCAAUUGCUAGACUUGAAGCAUUGGAGAAUGAUUAUACAGGGAUGGAAACAGUAGAAGCUGUUGAUGAUGACGAGGCUUCUCUUGAUGAUGACGAUGAUGUCUAUAUACAAAAGAAGCAGAAAGGCACAAAGCGUAAAACUCGGCAAGCAAAAGCGCUUGAGAAUGCUAGGAAAGCCCCAAGAAAUUUUUUGGAACUCUUACAUGAGGCGAACCUGGAAGCUUUGCCUCCGCAUGUUCCAUCCUAUUUGAGGGCAGCAGUGGGACCUCCAAGCUCUACCUGCCGCAGGCAUUUCUGCACUGUUUGUGGGUUCACUUCCAAUUAUACAUGUGCGAAGUGUGGAAUGCGCUUUUGUUCAAUCCGGUGCCAGAAAAUACAUGAUGAUACCCGUUGCCUGAAAUUUGUGGCCUGAUUGGUAAGGCUUGAGCCAGGCUGUUUUUUGUAGAUAUAACAACACUUCACCUCCAUGAGCUCACUUUGAUAUACUGGAGCUAUUUAUGGAUUGUGCCACUCUGAUUUUCAAUAUGUACAUUGGAUAUAAGAAAAGGGAGGCUGUUUUUCCA